UCUUACUGACGCAUGCGCUGGAUUAAAUGCCAAAUUCCGGACGAGUGUCACCCCUAAAUAUCCGUCUGUCGGUUUAAAAUUACGUAUACGCUUUCGAACGAAAGACAGAACUGAGACAAUGCCGUGUGUUGGUUGCGAAAAAGAGUGCAAAUGCACCCCGGAAAAGUGCUGUGAAAACUGCAAAUGCCAGACGCCUGGAAAAUGUGGCUGCAAUCAGUCGUCGGUGUCGUCCUCCGGCGGAUGUUGCAAGGCGGCCACCUCGGCAGGAGGUGAUGCGAAGGGAAAAUGUUGUGGCAGCAAGAAUUGAAUCCCAUACCCCAUCCAUUCCACACCCCAGCCAAAGGAAGGAAAAUGCAUUUUCGCACCGUUUAUUUAUCGAUGGCGACAACCGCUGAUGAGCUGCUGUCAUAUACAAAGAUUUAUUGUUUAGUCGAAACAAAACCAGGACUUUACAUGUACUGCACAAGAUAAACUAAUGACCUAUACCAGCA